CUGAAUAUAAACGGCAUCACCGCCUCUUUAUAGUCAAUAGGGUAUGUUCAAUGUACAUGUUUAGAAGUCAGAAAUUAUUCAAGGGCCACACUCCUUUCUUUGACACUUGCGCUUUUAUUUCGCUAGUUAAUUUUAGCCAAAGGCAGCUGGAGUCGUUUGGAGCCCUAGGCAAAAAUUGAUUGCGAAACGACUAUCUGAGGCCCUCACUCACAUAUAUAUACUUGCAUAAUGAAGAUAUGGACAUCGGAGCACACAUUCAACCACCCGUGGGAAACAGUUACACAGGCAGCAUGGCGGAAGUAUCCAAAUCCGAUGACUCCAUCUAUAAUUGGGACAGAUGUUGUAGAACGUAAAGUGGUAGACGGAGUGUUACAUACGCACCGCCUUGUUCAGUCUAAGUGGUAUUUUCCAAAAUGGACAAAUUCAUUGAUUGGUACUGCUAAAACAUGUUUUGCAAGUGAGCGCUCUACUGUGGACCCGCAACGAAAACAAAUGGUUCUUAAAACCAUAAACUUGACUUUCUGUCGGCAUAUAUCGGUUGAUGAAGUCCUCUAUUACGAACCACAUCCCACGGAUUCAAGUAAAACCCUCCUUAAACAGGAAGCGUCUGUCAGUGUGCAAGGUGUUCCAUUGUGCCAUUAUAUGGAGGAUAUGCUAACAUCAACGAUCAGCAUGAAUGCUGGCAAGGGUCGUCAAGGUCUUGAAUGGGUAAUUGGACGAAUAAAUGCAGAAGUCAAAGGAAUUGCCGAGUCUGCCGAUGACUUCUUAAUGAAAACAAAACACUCAUUAGAUGAUAUGACUGAAAGUGCUCGUAAAAGUAUGGAUGAAAUAAGCGUGCAAGCUGCAAAGGCAGCAAAACAUAUUCACAUAUAAUUGAUGCCAUAUAAGCAAAACCCGAGAAGCAUGUGAUUUUUGUGAAUUUUAUAUUUGGGGUGUAUGAAAAUAAAAAGGCUACUGUGACAAAAGCGAGUACUUGGAUUGAGACUAUCGUACAAAAUGAAUUACCAAUAAAAUAUUUUAUUUGUAAAACAAGAAGUUUUAAAAGAAAUUUUAUUACUCUUGUUUUUUCGAAAAUUAAUAAUAAAAAAUAUUUAUUACGGUUAUUCGAUUGAUCCAUUAAACAAUCGUAUACCUUCAUGUAA